CCUAUUUUGAGCAAUUUGGCUUUGGAAUUACAUCUAUCUUGCUAUAGUUACUGACAAUUGUGCUCAAAACAUUGUGAAACGUCUUUUUACAAAACUAUAAAUAUUAGGAGCUGGGGAUCUUUGGAGAUUCGUAAUCACCUUCCGUCAGAAUCGAAGUCUUCGCUUCAAAGUGCAAAGGCGAGCGCGUGAUGCUUUCUGGCUGAUUGAAACCUUCGUUGAUUGUUCGGAUGGUGCAUUGAAACCUUUUCACAGCACAACCCCAAGUCCGAAAAGCAUACCUCAUCCAAGAGAAGGGUGAGUUCUGAGUUCUGCUGAAGCUUCUGCUCGCCUCCUCCACACCAGCAACAACAGCAACUGAGACGGAGAUUUGGCAUAGAGUUUAGUGUGUAACCACCGCAUUGACAGUCAGCCAGUGGAAGUCAUCGACCGUCAUUUACUCUCAUCGACGCUCUUGGACACCGACAAUAACACUCGCACCGUAUCGUGGACACCCCCUACCGUACUGCCUUGACGCCGCAUUGCCUGGAUACCAUCGAUCAGAAGCAUACUAGUAUCAUUGGUGUGGCCAUAACAAGUGGUGUAUCUGUGUGAGAAAGGAGCAACAGCAUCAUGGACCGGAAGCGAGUGAGACGUGGAGAGUCGUUUGGACGCCUCGGCGUGGACCGUACCAUCAGCAACAGCCUAAAAAGCCCCAGUCGACAAAAGCAGCGAUGUGUCGACUCGGAUUCAUCCGCAUCAUCGGAAACCAACAUCCAUGAACAUGAUGGCGCUGCUCUCAAUGUUCGCUUUGCGGAAGCGACACCUAUGAUCUACCUUUGCAGUCACUAUGACAAAGACAUGACCAAGGAUGAGGUGGAGCAACGCAAGAAAGAGUUGUGGUAUUCGAGAGCCGACUUUGAAAACUUUCUGAAAGAGCGCAUUGCCACCAUCCGCCUUCUCAAACUUGUGCAAGGAGACGCCAGUGCCCUGCGAACGCAUUGCCCUGACCUUUGCCUGCGGGGAUUGGAACCGUACCAAAGCACCACCUUGAAUCAAGAAAUGCAAUGCCAGAGACAGUGGCAUUUGCGAGUCGUCUUGUCAGAGCAAAGUCUCCAAAAAUCUUCCAAGGCAGACCCAGAGCGACUGCGACAAGCAGCCGAAGAACGGAGCGAGUGGGCACGGAUGCGGGCUCAGCAGUUGGGGUCCUUGGACGAGCAAGAGGCCACUGGCAGAGCUCCAGCCUUUUUGAGUGAAAACCUCACAGCCGCCAUACGACGACGCUCUCUGGCAAGUGCGCAAUUGGGAAUGGAACGCCUCGUGCUCAAUCAACAACCUCAGUUCCCACAGCAGCAACCGCGACGAGCGAGCUUGCCUCAUAUCGCCACCACCACCACAACGGCCACUCCUAUCGGCUUGGCAUCACGUCGUGUGCCCGUGGACUUGGCUAUUCUAAAGGAAUGGAAUGCCAAGUUUCUGGCGGAUAUUAAAUCACAACUUCCCAAUGGCAGUGCUUCGGCCAACAACACAACCAGCCCCACCGCCACCGUUGGCAACAUCCAGACGUUGUCAGACAAGACAGCCGAGUCACGUCGAGCACUGCAAAGUGGGCUGUUUCGGCGAACAAGUCUGCCCCUCCCUAGCAAUUCGGCAUUGUUCGGGAGCAAUAGCGUGAGCAGAAGCACCAGUUUGAAUACUGCGGUUGUCGGCAACCCAUUGGGGUACGGGGAACAACUGAUCAACGGAAUGAAUGCCAGCAUCACCAACAAGAAAGAAGAAUUACGUGUGACAGCAACUAAUCCAAGCUUUCGAUUUCCAGUGCGCCGAGAUAGCCUGGUGGGGUUGCGACGUGAGUCUUUCUUGGCAAGUCGAACGAAUGGUAUGUCGGAAACCUAUACGAUGGCGAACAACGACAUUUCCAGUUCCUUGUCCAACCGUGAAAGCGCUGCCGCUACAAGUGCCAAAACAGCACCCAAGGCAGACCCACCGGCACCCGGGUUGAACGCGCUGGCUGAGGCUUGCUUUCGCUUCCCCGUGCGCCGUGACAGCCUCAGCAAUGUGCACUGGGAUUGAAGGCCGGCAACGGAACUUACCACGAUGGCUGCUUGACUGAAGGAGAUAUUAUGAGAUGUGCUUCUCUCUCAAGUCGGUAGGAACUGAAUGUUUGCUACCUCGGGCAGGGCUGCAUUUUAUGGGUUUCAAAACCUUGCCUUUGUACAGGGCUGAAAAG